AUGCCAAAACUCACACCACCUACUACGCCGCACACAACUCCACGCACCACAUCAAACACCACGCCGUGCACUACACCAAAUACCACGUCACGGAUUACACCAAAUACUACACCUGCUGCUGCAACCACGCUGCCUGUUACUGCAACCACACCGCCCGUUACUGCAACCACAUCGCCCACUGCAACCACACUGCGCAUUACACCAAAUACUACACCUGCUGCUGCAACCACGCUGCCUGUUACUGCAACCACGCCACCCGUUACUGCAACCACAUCGCCCGCUGCUGCAACUAUGCCGCCCGCUGCUGCAACCACGCCGCAUAUUACUGCGCCCACCACACCGCCUGCUACCACUGCAAUACCACUGCUAUGCCUGCUGUCGCCAACACACAACCUACUGCUACUGCCGGUGCUGUCACCACCACACUACCUACUGCUACUAUUGAUAAAAAUGAUAAAAAUAUUACGAAUUAUAAAUGAACUUAGGGAUGAUGAUCAAAUGAUGGAUAUUGACGAGGUGUUAAAUAUUAGUCGAAUUGCUUUAAAGACAGUAAAGACGACUGUCUAUAUGGAAAUCCGUAAUCAUCUUCCUUCGGUUUCUGAAGAAACGUUAAGAAAGAGAAUGCAAAAAGUGAAGAAUAUUUAUAAUUUAUUUAAAGAUAUUGGGG